GAAUUCCAUGUGGCGUAUGUGUUCAUCAAGAUGGCCAACUCUCCCCGCCCCGGGGUGUGGGUGCUGGAGAGGUCCACAGACUUUGGAGCCACCUGGGAGCCCUGGCAGUACUUCGCAGAUACGCCCAGCGACUGUGCCAACUUCUUCAACACAGCGGCCGAUGAACGCAUUUCCUCUGAUGACCAGAUCUUGUGUACCACAGAGUUCUCCAAAGUCGUGCCUCUGAGCAAUGGAGAGAUUGUGGUGUCGCUGGUGAACGGACGUCCCAAUGCCUUGAACUUCUCUUAUGCCGACACACUCCAGGAGUGGACCAAGGCUACAGAUGUCCAGCUGAGACUGCUCCGCACCAAGACCUUGUUGGGUCAUCUCAUGGCUGUUGCCCGCCAAGACCCGACCGUGACCAGGAGGUAUUACUACAGUAUCAAGGACAUCUCCAUUGGUGGACGCUGUGUGUGCAACGGUCAUGCUCAGACUUGUGACACCCGUGACCCGACCACCACCAAACUGCUGUGUGACUGCGAACACUUCACCUGUGGAGAGCAGUGCAACCACUGUUGUCCGGGGUACACGCAGAAGCGCUGGCGACGAGCCAUCAUUGAUCAGCCGUUUAUGUGUGAACCAUGUGAAUGUUAUGGCCACUCUGAUGAAUGUAUUUUUGAUGACGAAGUGGAACGUACCAGGCGUAGUAUUGAUAUCCAUGGUAUCUACGAGGGAGGUGGAGUGUGUCAGAACUGCAGGGACAAUACGAUGGGCAUUAACUGUGAGCAGUGUGUAUCUGGCUACUACAGACCCCUCGGUGUGCCAAGAAAUGCAACAGAUGCGUGCCGUCCCUGUGAAUGUGACCUCCGCGUGUCGACGGGAGAAUGUGAGGAGGGCAGCGGGAGAUGCCUGUGUCGACCAGAAUAUGCAGGUGUCAAUUGUGACAGAUGCAAUUUUGGCUACUACGGCUAUCCGGACUGCAUCCCUUGUGAGUGCGAUGUGAACGGCACGGAGGGAGCCAUCUGCUAUGUCACCUCAGGGAAUUGUCCCUGCAAGCCAAACUACGAUGGCAGAAAGUGCGACCAGUGUGCUCUAGGCUUCUACAAUUUCCCUGAGUGUAUUCCUUGUGAGUGUAGUCCAGUGGGUUCUCCCACAACUGUGUGUGGCCUGGAGGAUGGUCUGUGCCAGUGUCUGGGCAACUAUGGAGGCAGAGACUGUGGGGAGUGCGCUGAUGGCUACUUCAGAUUUCCUCAAUGCGAAUAUUGCAACUGUGACCCCAGUGGAACAGUAGAAGAAAUCUGUGACAAGCAGGUUGGGACCUGCAUGUGUAGAGAGAACUACGCUGGUGACCGCUGCGAUCGCUGUGCUGCAGGCUACUUCAACUUCCCAACUUGUCAACAGUGCCAGUGUUCGGACCCUGGAUCUCUCAGUCCUGUCUGUGCUGAGAAUGGCCAGUGUCGUUGUGCUCCCAACUUUGGAGGUCUCAGCUGCCAGCAUUGUGCUCCUGGAUACUAUAAAUACCCAGACUGCAUUCCCUGCAACUGUGACUUCUACGGCUCCCUUGCUCAGACGUGUGACCAGGUAUCUGGCCAGUGUCACUGCAGAAGCAACUUUGUGGGUGUGAUGUGCGACACGUGCGGGGAGAGCUUUUACAACUAUCCAGUGUGUGAAGUGUGCAACUGUAACCCUAAUGGAGCCAAGCAGAUUCCUGGCUACCCUCUGGGUGGAUGCGGCAUCGUCACUAGUGGCCUGCUGUGUGAGUGCAAGGACAGAGUGAUGGGACGUAUCUGUGACACCUGCAAGCCUGGCUACUGGAAUCUCAACAGAAACAACCCCGAUGGCUGUGAGGAGUGUGAAUGCUUCAAGCCCGGCACCCUGGCAGGCGUAAACAAGUGUGACAUGAACACCGGUCAGUGUGUCUGUAAGCCAGAUGUCGGUGGACAGGACUGUGACCAGUGUCUUGACGGUUUCUACAAUCUGGAUGGAAAUAAUCCGUUUGGCUGUGUUGACUGCAACUGUGACCGGGGUGGCUCUCAGAGGCUGACGUGUGACAAGACGUCCGGACAGUGUCUGUGCAAACAGAGAGUCACUGGGAAACGUUGUGAUGUACCCAUCACUGGUCACUUUGUUCCCUCACUCCACCAAUACAAGUUUGAGGUUGAGGAUGGCACCACGCCAGAGGGGGCUCGCAUCAGAUAUGGCUAUGAUACCAGAAUUUUCCCUGAUUUCUCAUGGAGAGGCUAUGCAGUUCUGACCCAGAUACAGCCUGAGGUACAGCUUGAUGUGGACAUCAGGAUUCCCAGUUUGUACCAAAUCAUCUUUCGAUUUGUCAACCGGGAGGAUGGCCCCGUCAAAGGAACGGUAACCCUCAAGCCAGAUGCCCCGACAGAUAUUACUCAGACUGGAGAAAUCACCUUUGUGCCAUCCCGAGACCCCAAAUUUGCCACAGUCACUAGUGGAGGAGUCCAGUCUUUUGUGCUCAACCCAGGACGAUGGACCAUUUCUACCAAUGUGCCUGACAAUGUGUUUUUGGACUAUUUUGUGUUGAUCCCACAAAGUUACUAUGAGGCAAGUCAGUUGCAAGUGAGUGUGACGAACCCAUGCUUGGCUUCUGGAGAUAUUGGACCCUGCUUGUCAUUCAAGUACCCUGACAUUGACGGAUUCCCCACCGGCCUGGGUGAGAAUGCUUACGUUGUGGAGAACAACCAGCGGAAGGGUGCAGAGCAACACCCGGACAUUGACCUCACCUAUGAGCUGGACUCUAGCGGUCUUGCCCAUGUGAAUGAGCAGCAGAAAUCUUUCCUCAUUGACCUGGUUGUUCCCGAGCCCGGGGACUACUUCAUUGUGGUCAGCUACCACAACCCAAGAGACGUGUCCCAAAACCUGGAUGUUGAUGUGGCCACGGUCAACGGCCGAGACAAUGCCCAGGUCACCCUCUCCAGCUGUCCUUACAGUUCUCUAUGUCGCCAAGUGCUGAAGGGAGAAGACGGACUUGAGGCUGUGUUCGACAUCAGCUCCGGUUAUGCCACUUUGUAUUUCACAGGCGGUGACGGCGUUGAUUUAGCCAUUGACGCUGUGUAUGGUAUUCCAGUCAGGUCUUGGAGUGCGGACUACAUUCUGCCAAGAAUUAUUUGCAUCAAAAUCAAUGGAAUCUGCGUUCCUUCAACCUAUGGACGUCCAGUGGGAGCCGUGCGCAUUGACUUUGAGCAGGACCGCAACAAGGACCUCCAGGCCACAGUGCUGCCUCCCAAUAUUCUGGACCCGUCAGUGGGCCUGGUCAACCUCAAUGAUACCAUCAGGAGGGUUGAGGAGACUGAGUGUCCUAUUUCCAAGUCCAAUGAGAGCAGUGAAUGUGUCACAGAGGUAGUUUCUACUUAUGCUGUACCCCUGGAUCUGUUUGGUCAGGUGACCAAGCCCGGACAGUACAUUCUCCUGGUACACUACUACAUGCCCACAGAGGUCGGACUCAACAUUCCAGUCUCUGUGCACUCCGACGGGAAAGUGACCAACGGCAUGUUCAAGCCACGCUUCUGUCCCAAUAAUGUUGGAUGCCGAAGCACCAUCAUGUUUGGUCAGUCUGGUGGUAACGUGAUCAAACUGACAGGAACUGACAUCAAAGUCUCCUUCAACGGUACUAAAGGUGGACAGAUCUGGCUGGACUACUUGCUGAUUGUACCCAUGGACCAGUACCACAAGGACUACAUGGACUUGUUGCCUGUGGAUAAAUCGGGAGAUUUCCUCAACAUGUGUGUCGAUGAAGGCUUCCAGCUCAAGGCUGACGAAGAGUUCUGUAAGAACGGAGCUUUUACGUUGGUCACCAACUUCAACAACGGAGCUCUGGACUGCAACUGUAAUGCUGAUGGCUCCCUCAGCUUCACCUGUGAUGGAUUUGGUGGCCAGUGUCAGUGCAGGGAUUAUAUCAUUGGACGCACUUGCUCUGCUUGCUUACCUGGUUAUUACGGUUUUCCAAACUGCCAAGCUUGCAACUGUCGAUACGGUCUAUGCCAUGAGGUGACCGGGGAGUGCAUCUGUCCACCUCGUGUUGAGGGAGACCAAUGUGACAGAUGUGAACCAGAGGCCUACGGUUAUGACGCCCUCAUUGGCUGCCAGAGGUGCAACUGUGAUUACCAAGGUGUACUUGACAGGAACUUGAACUGUGACCAGAGGACUGGACAGUGCAGUUGUAAGGCCAACAUAGGUGAACGUCGGUGUGACACGUGUUUGCCUGGCUACCACACCUUCCCCUUCUGUGAGUUCUGUGGAUGUGACACACGCGGCACUCAGGCGGCUAUUUGUGAUCAGCGGACGGCUCAGUGUCUCUGCAAGGACAACGUUGUGGGCACCAUGUGUGACCAGUGCGCUGAUGGUAUGUACAACCUGGAGAUGGACAACCCCAAGGGAUGCACCCAGUGCUUCUGUUUUGGCCACACCACGAGAUGUGACAGCUCCAAUCUCAACUGGGACUUUGUGUACGACAUGAGAGGAUGGCUUGCUACAAACACGGGAGACGAGGAAGUACAAGAGGCGGGAUCCACCAUCAGAAUCAGUUCUGUUGACGGAGCCCUGGAUGAGGACAACAUCAUCUACUGGAUCGCCCCUCCAGCAUACCUGGGCAAGAAGAUCAAUUCAUACGGAGGCCUGCUUCAGUUUACAGUGCUGUUUACUCUUCCUAGAGGCUUGGAGAGUGAGGGCCUGAUUGAACCUGACAUCAUCCUGUCUGGUAGCAACAUGAGUGUGGUCCAUUACCACAACACUCAGCCUCUUCCCAGCACUUCUUUUGACAUGGAGGUCCCAUUGACGGAGUACCACUUCAGACAUCAAGGAACCAAUGCCCCAGUUUUCAAAGAGCAGUUCAUGAUGAUUCUCUCCAGUCUUGAUGCUCUUCUCAUCAGAGCUUCCUACUACACUGUUGUAGGAGAAAUCAGGUUGACAGAAGUGUAUCUGGAGCAGGCAGCAGUUGAUGGUAGGGGAGACCCAGCAGACAGUGUGGAAAUGUGCCAGUGUCCACCUAACUAUGUUGGUCUUUCCUGUGAGGAUUGUGCCCCUGGCUACUACAGAGCCCGCACUUCUCCAUACUUGGGAAUCUGUGUCAAAUGUAAUUGCAACGGCCAUUCUAAUGAGUGCGAUCUGGAAACUGGCGAAUGUCUCAACUGCCAAGACAACACCACUGGAACCAACUGUGAGCAGUGUAUGACUGGUUACUAUGGAGACCCUGCCACUGGUGGAUGUCAGAUUUGUUCUUGUCCUUUGCCUGUGCCCUCCAACAACUUUGCUACCACUUGCCAAGUGAGUGCGGAUGGCUACACCACUACCUGUUCUUGUCUGCCUGGUUAUACAGGAGCUCAGUGUCAAUCGUGUGACUCUGGCUACUUCGGAGAUCCCAUCAACCCAAACAACUACUGCCAGCCCUGUGGCUGUAACGGCAACAUCGACAUCAGCAACCCGGGCAGUUGUGACCGGUUCACAGGAUCCUGUCUUAUUUGCGAGAACUACAGCAGUGGAUCUGACUGUGGAGAGUGUCGAGACUGGUACUGGGGAGAUGCUAUCUCCAGGAAAGACUGUCAGCGUUGUUCCUGUGACACUUGUGGCUCAGACAGCUGUGACAAGACCUUUGGAGUUUGUCAGUGCAAGUUGAAUGUGAUUGGCAAUAACUGUGAUGAGUGCAGGCCAUACACUUGGGGCUUUGAGUCUUGCACGGGAUGCUCCGACUGUGAGUGCGGCGUGGGCUCAGUCAGUCCUCAGUGCGACGUCUACACCGGUGUUUGCGAAUGCCAUCCUGGCGUGGAGGGGACCAAGUGUGACCGCUGCCGACCGGGAUACUGGAACUAUGGACCUGGAGGAUGCCAGGAGUGCAACUGCCUGAGUGACGGGGCUGUGGGCUGUGACCCUGAGACUGGACGCUGUGAGUGCCUGCCUGGAGUGACGGGUAGCCAGUGUGACCGCUGUCUGCCCAGAUGGGUGCUCGUGCCCAAUAGAGGUUGUCAGGAAUGUGACUACUGCAUCCACCUUCUGCUUGAUGACCUGGAUACUCUACAUAGGAAUGUGUCUGUGGUCAGUCGACAACUCGGGGAAGUCUCAGUGGGUGUCGGAGCUUUCAACCAGCUGGCAAUAUACAACGACACCAUCAAAGCCUUGCGGCCCGAUGUUGAUGCCCUGUCCAAUAUGGAUACUGACAGCUUCAAAGCCCUGCUUGUUCCUGUGGAGGAUGAAAUGAGACAACUGGAGCAGGACGCUCGCAAUGUCGGAGCUCAGGCUGAUGCUGCUGUCUUUGAAGCCAACCAGAUCCCAGGAGAUGUGGAGAACCUUCUCCGUGAGACAUCCGAGCUUCAGGGGCUUGUCUCAGAUCUUAACGGAGUAGCAGAAGAUACUCUGAGGUACAUCAACGAUGUGAGACGCCAGAUUCUGGAUACAAGCAGCAUUCGCAACAUUGAUUACUUUAUCACUGAAGGUGAACGCAUCCUGAACGAAAUUAAGGAUCUUUCUUUUGCUGCUCAGAACGAGUCAUCCGUGGAGGAAAUAGACUUUGCCAUGAAAGUCCUGGAAGAUGUGCGGUCAUUGAAGGAACAAGCUAUGAAUGGUAUGAAUCAUACCAAAGGACUUGGGGCAGAUGUUGCAGACAUGGCAUCCCGUCUGUACGACUUGCAGAACUCAAGCCGCUACUCUGUAGGAAAUGCGGAGACCGCCUUGAGCACCAUCCGCCGUCUGAGGGCAGUGGAAGUGGAGACUCUGUCGAGGAGCUCUAUGACCAUCAAGGAUGCAGUGAUGGACAGAGAGGAGUUCUUGAAAUCUUCCACUGAUUUAUUGACUAAAGCCGAGAUGAUGCUGACUGAUGCAACUGAUGCUGUUGAGGAUGUGGCGAGAGAAUCUUCGAAGAUGGAGAGCGCCACGCCAGAACUGGAAACUCGAGUUAAUGAGAUUGCAAGCAGCCUUGAUGAUUUGCUGGAUGUGGUGAACCGCUCACAGAUUCAUUCUGAGGGUCUGGUUGGAAUAGCAGAGGACCUGGAUGAACUGUAUGAGAGCACUAGGGAUAUCUCUGGAAAUGCUGUGAAGGCUGGUCAGGCUUACAAGAACAUUCUGGAUGCCAUAGACCAGGCCAGAGUGAGCGCGGAUGAUGCCCUUUUUGAUGCAAAAAUUGCUCAGAAUGAGUCUUUGGGAGUCGGUGACAACGUGACUAUGUCUUUGGAAUACAGUCAAGAUCUAUUGACAGAAGCUGAAGAGCUGUAUGACAAGACUCAGAUGGAAUUCUUUGACAGAAAGACCGAGGCUGAGGUUUCCGUAAAUGAGGCAACUGAUGAUAACAGCAUGGUGAGACAGCAGCUGGACACUAUCAAUAGCCAACUGGAACUUUUGAAAAACCAGAAAACUGAUGCUUUUGGCACCCUGAUGGACAAAGCUACUGACGCCGAGGCACAGGUGGAUGAAGUUGUGGAGAAGAGCAAACCAAUCAUUGAUGAUAUGGCGGAUAUUGAAAACAAGAUGAACUUCAUCCUUCAGAACAAACCUAAGAUUUCUGACAACAUGAGGCAGUCAAAGGACAAUUUGGACUCAAGUGAGAAGAAUCGCCCUGAAGUGGAGAGUCUGCUCAAUAGCUUGUCUCUGAAUGCAGACAAAUUGGUGGAAACUAGCAAUGAUGUGGAGGUCAGCGUGAAAUCUUUGAAGGAGAAGAUUGCAAGAGCUAGAGAUGAAGCGAACAGGAUUCGUGUGGGUCUGCGAUUCCUGGGCAAUACCACAGUAACCCUUCGUAACCCACCCAUGCUGGAGGACACUGGCUCGUACAGCAAGGUCUCCGUCUUCUUCAAGACCACACAGGCAGAUGCCCUGCUGCUGUACAUCGGCAACAACCAGAACAUGGAGACAGUUGAAUUCGGCCGCGUGAAGCGAUCUGCUGUUGAGGAAGUGAGUCUCUCUCGAAGCGUGCGCCAGACUGCAGAGUUUGAGAGUGAUUACAUGGCUUUGGAGCUGCGUGGGGGCAGAGUGGUGUUCACCUUCAACUUGGGCUCUGGUUCGGCAAGGAUCAUCAGCGACAGACUGGUCAAUGACGGAAAAUGGCACCAGGCUAUGGGGCAACGAAUUGGCAAGACCGGUUCAUUAACCGUGAAGUCGAAUGAACAGGAUGAUGAGAUCAAAGAAGGCACAUCUCAAGGAACGUUUGCUGUUCUUGAACUCAACAAGCUGUCAACUCUGUUCCUUGUUGGUGGUCUCCCUGAUGAUGUUAAGAUUCCUCGAGACAUUACCACACAGAUGUUUGAAGGAGGCAUGGAAGACCUGAAAUUUGACGGUGAGCCCGUGGGACUUUGGAACUUUGUGGCAGGUGAAAACAACUAUGAAGGAGAGCAGGAGAGAGAUUUCCUGAAACAGAUCUUCACUGAAGGAGUGCGCUUCAACGGCAUGGGAUAUGCAGUUCUCAGCAAAGGUGGCCUUAGGCUGAAGCCUGACAGAACUCGUAUGUCUCUGUACUUCAAGACAUUUGCUGAGGAUGGACUGCUCUUCUACAUGGGCGAAAAGGAUUAUUUCUCUGUGGAGACUCGCAGAGGAAAGGUCAUCUUCCAGUACGAUUUGGGAGGUGGUGCUGCCAUCAUGGAAACAUCCGACUCUUACAAUGACGGACAGUGGCAUCAGAUCACUAUUGACCGCGACAAGAGAAACGCUAUUCUGAUUAUUGAUGAAAGGAUUGAGGAAAUCACCACCGAAUCAAAGGGUAAUUUGAAUAAUCUGGAGACAACAAAUGACAUCUACUUUGGUGGUAUUGACAAUGUCCUCAUUCCAUCUCCGAGUGUGAUAUCUACUGGAUUCGACGGUUGUCUUAAGGACAUAGUUGUUGGCUCUGUUGCAAUAGAUCUCUUUGACAACAAGAGGGCCAAGGGUGUUGUGAAAGGCUGUGCUCCUAAGGUGACUCACCUUGUGUCCUUCCCAAGUACCAGGAGCGGUUACAUUGGACUCGAACCCGUCAACGUUGGCUCGGCCUUCGAUGUGACGUUUAAGAUGAGGACUUUGUCAAAGAAUGCUCUCUUGAUGUUUACUUCUGACAGGGGGGAGUCCAAUAUCUUUUCCGUGGCGGUGUCUGAUGGCCGUAUUGUGGUCAGUGAGGAACUGGGCAGUUUGUCCUCUCAACUGACCAGUCGCAUCAACACUUAUGGAGAUGGACAAUGGCAUUACAUCUCCAUCAUGAAGAUGGGCCGGAAGCUGACUAUGAGCAUCGAUGACUCGGAGAUGGUUGAAUCACAGAGUGUACCUGGAGAACUCAUCACAGAAAGACCUCUGUACUUUGGUGGUCUACCCCUUGACUUUGUCGUCAUAUCCCAGGUGGUUCCCACAACUCAAGGGCUUGAUGGAUGCAUGGGUGAUAUCACUAUCAACAAAAAGUUCCAGAACCUGGCCAACUUGUACGAGGGCAGCGGCAUCACAUUAGCUGAGUGUUCUGUCGAGCCUGCAGGAGAACCAGAGGUGCAGACCACCAUCAGCCCCGACCAGUGUUCCCUGAUGCCUGUUCCCAGUGACAUCGAGGACCCUGAGGCAGACGUGUCCGGCGUUCGCUUUGGUGCCUUCCCAUACAGCAGACAAGAGUACCGCAAGCUGCCUGUGCGCAUCAGGCUCAGGUCAGUGAUCAUCUCCAUCUCCUUCAAGACAACAGCAAAGAAUGGUGUGAUUUUCUACUCUUCUGACGUCAAACAUAUCGACUUCAUUGGCUUGUACAUGCUCAAUGGUCAGAUUAACUACGGCUUCAACUGUGGGUCAGGAUCAGCUCUUAUCACCAGCCCAGAGGCCUACAACGAUGGCAAAUGGCAUACUGUGAAAUUCUCCCGAAGGCGUCAAGAUGGCAGUCUGGAGAUUGAUGGGGAGAGAGUCGGUAUUGGCAGAAGUCCUGGAGGCACACGCUCUUUGAACACUAAACCACCACACUACGUUGGCGGACUGCCGGAAGAGAAGAGAAAGAAGGCCAUCAACAACCUAGGGGAUGGCUACACUGGUUUCAUUGGUUGCCUCAAGGACAUCACUUUGAACAUGCUGCCCAUUGGCCGGCCCACCAAAGAUGUCAAUGUACAGACAUGCUCCAGUGAUGUGGAAGAUGGAACAUUUGUCGGCAGUGGUGGAGGCUAUGUACAGCUUUAUGAUAAGUUCAAGGUUGGCAGAGACCUCGAGAUCUCUAUGGACAUCAAACCACGUUCACAGGAAGGCAUCUUGUUGGGUGUCCAUGGCAACAGGAGUGAUUUCCUUCUGUUGCAGAUGUCUAAUGGAGAGAUCAUCUUCACAGUGGACAAUGGAGCAGGGCCAAUUACGAUUCGCUACACUCCUCAAACAAGAAAUACUCUAUGCGAUGGAAGAUGGCACAAUAUUAGAGCCACAAAGACGAGACAUAUUCUGAUGUUAGCCGUUGAUGGAAUCAAUGUUGGUGAGCCUCAGGAGGGUAAGAAGGAUGUCUCUGCCGCAGAUACCAACGAUCCUCUGUACAUCGGAGGUGUAGCAGAUUUGACCUCCAAGGGCAUACUGGCCAAUGGAGACUUUGUCGGAUGCAUUCGCAAUGUGAAGCUCAAUAAUGACAUGCAGUACAUUGCCACUGGUACACCUACUGGUGACAUUCGAAUUGACGCUUGCCCUCUAAAAUAGAUGUCAUGUUACAAUUAUUAAAUGCCUUGAAAAAAUUCAGCUCUCAGAUUUUAUGACUUGUAACAUUUAGAAACUUGGAAUAUUUUUACUGCUUCAGUUAUUGUUAAGGAUUUCUCAUACUAGUGAGUUGUGCUGUUCAAAAAGAUUUUUAAAAACAGCAAAAAAUCAGAAUGAAAUAACUUCGUCUUGGACCAUUUAUUUGAUAUCCUUCUGGCAAAAACAGUGCAUGGGAUUCUAUGAAUAAGGCGUGAGCAUAAUCACUUCUUACAAAGGUCUCUUCCUUUAAAUCAGGGUAAUGAUGUAAUCUUUCCUUGAGAGAGCAUGAACGUCUUUGUUUUUACAGCUCUUCUAGACCAACAGUAUUAAUGUGAAAUAGCUUUGAAUGUUUUUAAAAGAUUAACUACUCGUACAACUGUAACCACUUUUUGUAUGUGCACCAUGGUAAACUAUUGUGUAAGUUUACUAGACCAUAUUGUGUGGGAUGCUGUUUCAAAUUCUUUAGAUAAAACCAAAAAUAUAUAGUUAAGUUUUUUGUUAAGUCAAAGAUGAGUGGCUUUUGGGUCUCCUUAUUACUAAAUUAACAAGUUUUUAAAAAUCACUUAUUUAGGUUGUCUUAUAACUGAAAUAGAAUUUAUAGAAUUUUGCUGUAAAAGUAACUACUAUUUUUUUUAUUGAGUAAUGGAUUACAACCACUGUCAACAAAUUAUCAAAAACUUUCUUCCUCAAAAAGAGAGUCUUUUGAACCUGUUACCAAACAAGUAAAUAUUUAAGAGGAAAAAUAAGCUUCUAAUACUUUAUGACAUGCAAGACAGGGUGGUAAAUGCUACAGUCCUGAAAAAUAUUUCCUUUUUCCAAUUUAUAUUGUAUCCCUCAUCAAAGAUAUUACCUGUCUACCUCGAACAUGAUCAAGCAUAAUAAUACAUUGUUAGCUAAAAUUCAGCUGUUUUCAUAAAAUUAUUUUAAAGUCAGGUGGUGCAGAAACAUUAGAGCAUUUUUAGACUAUUUCAGAGAACCCAGUAACUUGUCCAGAUAAAUUCAAUAUUUCAAAAGGCAGUUGACAACUUGUGCAAUUUUGGGGCCUGAUUUCUUUAUCUUUAAUCUGGACUUAAAUGACAAUGACUUCUGCUUUAAUGUGCAAUUAAUCCUUUUCUAGUCACCUUAUUCUAAUGGGAUCAAAUAACAUGCUCGGGAACAUUGAAAAGUGGAGAUGUGAGUGCCAAUAAAAUUUUAAUACCCAAAAAUAUGUAACAUCUUAUUGACUGAAUUAAGCCCAUCACUUCAGAGGAGAGUGAAUGAUGAUUGUUUAUGUAAGUCUCUGAAGAUGUGCGGAAAGAAAUUGAACUUCUCAUCAGGAAUAUAUAGUUUGUCUUUCUUUUUAUGAGAAAAUGGUGUAUCAAUAAUUAAUAACCGAGCUUAGCCCCAACCUCUCUCCUCAACCCCCAUUUCCCAUUUUCCUCUUCCCAACUCUACUUGUCUCCAGCAAUGUAGAUCUUCCUCUGCUUUUGAAUCAUUGCUGGCUUCUUCUUAUACAUUAUCAUUGUCAUGGCUUUGGUCUGUUGUUUCACAUAAUAGCUGAAAAUUUUAGUGUUUCGAAUGGAAAAUGUUUUUGUAUUGGUAGCAAGUAUUUUGGCAGACAGCUGAAAGGAACACCUGGGAAACUUCAAUUCUACUUGUGAUUUUUUUUGUUAAAUCAGAUUUGGUCAGUUGACCUUUGUUUUCACGCUCGGUUAACUUUUCAAUAUUUUUCAACACAACAUAUGCUUAAAUUAAAAUUUUUAAAAAUAAAAUCUAAUUAAAACUUUUAAUUGAGGACAGGAAUUAUUCCCCCCGAUCCUUUGAAUGACUUAAAUAUUAAUCUUUCAUUUUUUGUAGAAAAGCUGAAUGUUAUUGUUACCUUAGUCAGUAUAUACUACACAAUAUAGAUGCCAGCCUCUAUUAAAAAUACAUCUACUUACACACUUGUGAAAAAGCAGAAAGAAGUCAUGACAAUAUUUUCGAUAUAUCUCAGAGUUAAUGAGUACUACCUUCAUAGAUCCUGGUAAAGUUUGUACCACAUUAUUAUGAAAAUUUGUCUUAUCAACAUAAAUAGGGAUAUAAUAACUAUUCUUUAUUUAUCACACGUAAGAGUUAGUAAACAUUUAGUUUUGUUUGUACACCCUUAAAUUGGGUACAAAAAUGGUCAAAUUCCACUGCAUCAUGCACUCUUACAGGCAAAUAAGUUGUCUAUUGUAUUACUAGAAAAGGGGGAAAGAACACUCAUGGUUUUAUUGUCACGUUUGAGAAUAUGUUCUUAAAUAAAUUAAAUGGUUUUGAAUGUUUGUUUUCAUGCGGGUAAAGGAAGAGAUGCUGUCAGUGGAUAGAGCCAGCGAAAGUAGGUUUUCUCUUUUAUUUAUUGCUCAGUGUUUAUGUACUAAAAAUUCUUGUUUGUUGCUGAAAUGUGCCUUAAAAGUUUUCACAAAAGAUCAUGCUUGUGUCUUCUACACCAUCUUGCCAAAUGUUGAUACAAUGGACCAAUCACCUUCAACAUAAUAGCCCGCUGUACAUGAAUAUUGACAAUAAAUGCUUCAGCUUUAAGUAA